ACAUGAAAACAUAUGAAAAUGGCGCGGUGGGUAAAAGUUGAAAAAGAAACUGGAAAAUUGAUCAACGCCAUAGCCGGCUUUGAGCAAGGAGAAGAAAACUAUGACCUGUGUCUCCAGUUUGCUCUGUCCAACUUCAAGUAUCACAGGUUCCUGGCAGUGGACAGCCAUAAGGUAUCCAGAGCACUAAAGGGCAUUCAUGAAAAGUUGAGAAUCCACUCUAAUCAUGUGGAGGCUGAGAAGUUCAACAGUCUCACAGACAGUUUCCUGACCAGUCCAGUGUUUGAGGGCAAAACAGAAGGAAAAACAGACACCCAUUAUGCCUUGCUGUCAUUACUUUUGACUCUGGCUGAUGCUCCAACACGGUCUACAUAUGAGGAAGGUCAGAAAGAGGAGGUACAGGAGGAGGUGGAGGUCUUUGACUGGGGUGCCUACCUGAUGGAGGGACUAGAGCCUGAUGGGCCUUACCCAGAGUCUCCGGUGUGGUCUGAAGAUGAGGAAGAAGAAGAAGACAGGCAACCACAUGUAGGCCAGAGAGAGGCCGUGGUGGCCCUAGACGACUCUGGUAUCACAGUUGAGGAAGAUCCGUCCAGGUCGACUUUGGCCAUAGUGGACACGGGGCAGUCGUGGCUGACCAGAAAUGUGGUGGUUCAGUACUGGAGGGGUGGCAGCGACCACUCUGUUCAUAGUUUCCAGUAUUCAGCAAGUUUAUCUAGAGAGAUGGAAAUCCACCUCAGAUCCAGCAACCUGUUCUACAAUGACAGGGGGUCAACUCUAGUGACAGAGACACAGGCCAUCAGGGAGACACUAUGGUUGCUUUCUGGUGUCCCUGAAUCUUACAUCUUUACUCUGGACCGGGAUGGAAAGUUUGCUGUCAGAGAUGGUCUUAAAUUUUCUCACUUAACACAGGAAAGUUUGCUCACUUUUCUGAGGAGAACAGCAACAUAUGGGAACAUAGUUUAUCAACUGCAGCAGUUUGUGGAGGCAGUGCUCAUGAAUAGUUACCAUGACAACAGUGCGGCGGCUGUCAGUCAAACUCACCAGGCCUAUGCCACCACUACUGCCACCUAUUUACAAAACUUGAAAAAACAGAUGACUAUAUUGGAGAAACAAGCCAUGGCACAGGAGGAGACCAUGACCUUGCUGACCUUGACUCAUGACCUUCGACCUAGAUUCCACGAGCUGGAGGUCCUGCACAGAGUACACCAAGAGGGUAUUGUCAACUGUAGGGGGAGCCACUCAGAACAGGCCUCUCACCUCCUCAGCACUCUGUAUGACACCAUAUGUGAAUAUGACUCCACUGGAGAGGAUGGGGUUCUGACAGUGUCAUUGUUGUUACCACUGUGGAUACAGACAGCCAAGCCUUACAUAGACAUCAUAGAUGGGUGGAUAACACAUGGGAAUCUCACAGAUCCUGUCAAAGAAUUCAUUAUUCAAAGAAAUGAUAAUGUAAAAGCCCUGGACGAAAAAUUCUGGGAGACAGCAUUCAGUCUACAUUGCAGUCCAACUGUAGAGGGCAGUUCAAGCAGUGAGGACAUCACACCAGGGUUCACUAGUAACCAAGAGGGGACUACCCAGAGUGAUGAGCAGACAUACAGGAAGUCCAGUUGGGCUCCCACAUUUCUGCGGCCUGUCUUGAAUCAUGUGAUCUUCGCAGGGAAGUCCAUGGAGAUGUUUCAGAACCUUGGGAGACUGCUUGAUGUAGUAGAAGGUGGGCAGGGUUCACACCCCAAGCCGCUCUAUGACACCUUUGUGGAAAACUUACGAGAUUUUCUUGUCCAUCAAGAUGUGCCUUCCAAGCCUAUGGAGCAGAGCCCACAGAAUCAUAACACCCUGUACAUCACUGCUCAUGUUUCUCAACAGAUGCUGGUGAAGGGUACCAAUGAUCCCUUGCUGAGGGUCAACUUUGCUGGGAUAUUCAGGUUGACAGCAGGGGAUGUGGUGGAAACAGACAUGGAACAAUACAAUUUUUCAGACAUGUUAGAGGGAGAAACAUUGCAGCCAAUCCAGGUGGUCCUCCGACAUUGUUUGUACCCGCACAUUACACAGAAGUACAACAGAGUGUGCACAAAGUUACUGGACACCUUGAAAACUGACUACAAAAUGCUGCACUACAUGGAGACUAUGAGGAAAUUUUUCCUGAUGGAAGCAGGUGACACCAUGUAUGAUUUCUACAGAGAGAUAUUUGUGAAGCUCCAACUUAAAGAACAGUGGCAGGACAUGUCUUUCCUAAAUGUGGCUCUCCAUGACACCCUUCAGGCACACUUCCCACAGGAGGCUGACAAGUUAUUUGUGAGUGUUCAGUCCACAGGUGAGAAGGGACGUGACCGACACCCUAUUCAGGCUCUGGAGGGACUGACUCUACAUUACAAGGUACCAUGGCCAGUGGAUGUGGUUAUUAACACAAAGUGCCAGGAGAUCUACAACAAGAUUUUUCAGUUCUUGCUGCAGAUAAAGCGUGCCAAAUUUUGCUUGGAUCGUCUUAAAUUUGAUGAUCUAGAAAAAUCAGAUCCUUUAGCAGAAAGCAAUGAAGAAGAAGAGAGAGCAGAGAAGACCAUGCCAUACAACUUGAUCCACAGGGUGCAAAUAUUCAGGCUGCGAUUGAUGCAUUUUGUGAACAGUUUACAUCAGUACAUUAUGACUAGGAUUCUCCACAGUACUGGGCUCGAGUUUCAAAAUGAGGUCGAGCUCGCCACGGAUCUGGAUCAGGUGAUUUACAUCCACAAUAACUACGUCAGUAAGAUCCAUGAGCGCUGUCUGCUCCACAAGCGAGUAGCCAUGAUCAAGGAAACAGUGACGCGGGUCUUGAAUAUUGCAGUUGGUUUCCAAGAGAAGUGGAAUGCUGGGAUUGAUAACAUCAGUGAAAAGUAUUUGAAACACGUUGAAGAUGAAUUCAAGAACUGUGUGAAGUUUUUAACAUCUUUCCUCAAUAAUGUCAUAAAGAGAGGCUCCUUCCCUCACUUGGAGUCUCUUGCAUUUUCAUUGUCAACAUCACUGGAGCAGCAGCAGACAAGGUGACAAAUCACGACUGUCAGGUGACACAAAUGCCAGUGGAUCGAGAAGAACGAGAUCACCUGAUUGACAUAAACUGUCACGAAUGACUCUGUAAUAAUAAGAUUCAGUUUUUACUUAAGUUAUUAACAAGUUAUUUAUGUCGUUUCAUUUCCUUUUUCAUGGAACAUAAACACUUGCAUUUUCAUGUGAUCAUUUAACAGAAUAAAACCUGAAAAUGUUUAUCUCAUAUUGUUCUAAAUAAGUUUAUCCAUCAUUUUUGUUAAUGACCAAAACAACAUCUCAUUUAAAAUGUUUUCUCUUUAUUUCACCUUUCACAUGAAAUGAAAUGUACAAGAGCCCCAACCGACAUAUGACAAAUGGAAUCUGAAAAUUGUUUCACACAGGGACUACUUCAUACCAACAAUUGGUUGAAACUCUGUCAAUCAGGGAUUUCCCCAGGAUUUAAAUUACAACUUAAGGGAGUCCAAAAAGUUACACUGUAGUUUGUUCAUCAAUUUACAUGGAGUCCAACCCAAAAAUUUUGGAAGCUGUCCAGCCAUCUUCAGACAAGUAGGCCGUCUUUUGAGGCUAAUGGCAGUCCAAAGGAUGGAGGGUUCUCUGGAGGAAGCUUUGCUGUCGUUACAACUAAAAACUUGCAUGAAAAACACUAUGAAACCUUGUUAUCUGAUGGUGUGAUUUAAGCCAACAUGUGGUCUGAAGUAGUACCUGUGUGAAUGGAGCACUUCUCAAAUGUAAAUGUAUGAAAUUUACACAUUUAAAAACCAUCUUAGAUUUCACUUCUUGUUAGGAAAAGGUAAAGAUGGCCAGAACGCCUCAACCUGUCAUUAAUGGUGCAUGGAAGUGGCCUACGUUAAUAACUAUAUUUUCAAUGGGGGAUAAUUGUGAAUUUUAUGGAUACUGAAACUUGCAGUCCUACUUCCAACUAGCCGUUAACUUCUAGAAAAUACAUAGUGAAGAAACCAACCCCUGGCUGUAUAGGUGACUUGGUCCACGUGAGGCCAUAUUGCCCAGUAAUAUCAGUGAUACAAUGAAAUCAUUUCAUAACUUAAAGGGAGAAUUAGAAACCCUCCUCUGCUGCCAUAAGUAAUGUCAUUAUGCUGGCAUGGAAACAACAUAAUACAUUAAUAUAUAAACUACCAUGGCUUGCAUGGCUAUUGCUUAAUGAUUCAGUUCUUUGAAGGUAUUUCCAAAAUAAUGACUAGACACUCUUUAAUGGCACACUGGCACCGUGUUGUGAAAACCAAUAACUAUUCUGAAGUAUCUAGUAAUUAUGACAGUAACAAGAUGGUCAGUUGCAAUCUGUCAACACUGUUAUAACACUUGACAAACUGAAUGAUUUUAAAAGUGAUAAUUAGAACUUUUUCUCCUGUAAGAGAUCAGUAUUAUAAAAGAUGAUGUGUAUAAUUAUAUGAGAAGAAUGCAAUGGUGUAUAUGGACAGCAGGAGUUUGAUAUGAAACUAGGUCAACCUCCACCCAGCCUCUAACUGAUGCUAUAUGACAAGUAUGCGUGUCCCUUGAAAAUGAGGCAGAGAGC